AGUAUGUGAAGUGAAAUAGGGAUAAAUACGAAUUUAUUUUUAACCUGUAGUAGUAGAAGAGACUAUUCCAGAAUGAAAAUUUUGGUUUUUAAUCUUCUGUAAGGCUGGCUAUUGGAAUAUUACCUACGGGGUGAACUGUAAAGGCCUAAAGGGGCAUCGAACAAUGGCCUUUGGAUAGAUUGAUUAGUAAUUAAGUUUGCAAAAUAUUCUUUUGAUUAGUUGAUCAGAUAUCCAGAGAAAGUAUAAAAAUGGAGGUAGACACCACAGAGAAAGGGAAAGGAAGCGAGAGAUGGAGUUCCGCGAUCACAAAUUUAUCGGAGAUGGCAGCCAAUCUGGAUUCACUCCAGAAGCUGCUUGUCAAGAAAGCCGUUUAUGUCGAUGAUGAGACUUUUGCUAAAGCCUCCAUUAGCUCUGAGCAAGCUCGAACCAUCAAGGUACUUCUUCAUAUUAUUCUGCCAUAAUCAAUACACUUAAUUCUCGAAUUUCGGUCCUUCUUUUGCAGAGUUUGAUUCCUUAAUCUAUCUGGGGUUGCUUUAUUUUGGGGUUGUCUUUUUUGAGUUUUCCGAUUCAUUGUAUUAAUUACUAAUCUGGGAAUCGUCUGAAGAGGGAUUCACUUCGUUGGGAGUUGACUUACAUCAGAAAUUGAAGUAGAUAUACUAUUAAGCGGCUGAAUUUUGUUGUUUGGUGUAUUGUUUCAUGUCGUACCGAACCCGAUUCGUAUAGUCCCUCGUAUGUUUGUAGCUUCUGUUCCUGUUACGGUUAGAAUUCCAAAAAGGUUGAUCAUGAUGAUAUGAUUGGCUGAAAGGUUCUGAUUGUUCCAAGCAUUGUUAAGUUCGGCCUUUUAUGUCAGCAUUGUUUAGUUAUGAAUAUCUGUAUUCAAGUUUUGAAUGCGUGCUUUUAGCAUCAGUUCAUCAUUUGAAGCCGAUAAGAUGAAAAGUAUGGAAGGCAAAGAAUGUAAUUUGACUUGUGAAUGGAAAUUUUGGUCAUGCGUACACUAAGAAUUGUGUACCAAGUGUUGUGAUUUUGUUCCUUAUGAAAGUUUAUUUAGUUCUUAAAUCAAGGAUCCUUUUAGAGUUGAAACAAACAGCUCUUGGUGGGAAAGGUCAUAGAGGCAAAUGAUUUAGUUGUUCCUCAGUGUGGUGCUUUUUAAAAAAGGAUCCUUCUAAGUUUGGGAUUGCGCUUUAGUUGGAGGAAAAACUGAGCAAUUAAGGUCCAUUCGCUGCUUACUAUUCAGCAAAGGCCGUAUUAGUAACUGAGUAUUUUCAUAAAAAUUAAUGCAAUUAUAGACACAACAAAUACUUGAAAAGAGGAGUUGCAUAUAACUUUUUACUAUUACUCUACCCAAAUCGAAGAACUACAGUUCGUCACUAAUAUAUUAGUAUAAGCGAAACUGUAUUAUAUUUUAUGUGGUGGCUUAUGUGAUGUCCUAACUUGUUUUCUGAUGUUAGAUGAUGUAUACUAGAGAGACAAAUCCUAGCUGAGUAUUUUCACAAAAAUUAAUGCAAUUAUAGACACAACAAAUACUUGAAAAGAGGAGUUGCAUAUAACUUUUUACUAUUACUCUACCCAAAUCGAAGGACUACAGUUCUUCACUAAUAUAUUAGUAUAAGCUAAACUGUAUUAUAUGCGAAUUUUAUGUGGUGGCUUAUGUGAUGUCCUAACUUGUUUUCUGAUGUUAGAUGAUGUAUACUAGAGAGACAAAUCCUGAUGUUCCCUCCUCUGCCUGCAUUAAACCUUGUGAGUUUUGUUUUAUGAUAAAGGAAGAAGUUGAUCUUACUGAAAUUUAUUUUUUACUCCAGCUUCUUGAACAAAGAGUGGAAACCUUAGAACGGGAACUGGAUGCUGCUAUAUCUGCUGCGGCACGUGCACGUAAUGAAAAAAGGCAAGCUGAGGCUGCUCAGAAGGCUGCUGAACUCCGUUCACUUGAGGUUACAAAAGAGCUUGAGAACACGACAAAGGUAUUUGAACUGCACAUGGAGGAGUUGCGAGCUAAGCAAGAAGAGAUUUCUAAGCGAGACCAUGACAUUAAACUCCUAGAAGCCAUAAUUCAGACACUAGGCGGCCGCGAGUCGAGCUCUUGAAAAUUAAAAGAUCCUCUGUAUAACUCGAUUUAUUUGCUUGUCAAUAUCUUCUUUUACCCUGAGAAUGAGUCAAAAUAUCUGUAUCAUUCCCUUGUGGUUCACUUAGUCUUGUUCGUAGCUCUGAAGAUGUAUCCAUGGAGGUUACCAUACCUCACCUCCAUGUUCCAAAAACCACUCAUUUAUGUAUUCAUAUUCCAAUCCAACUUUAGCAAUAUAAGAAUGUAUAGUAAAUGAUUUUGACUGUCUAUUAUUUUUUAUAUAUUUUAAAGAUAUAAUUUUUAGUUUCA